AUGGCAAGACAAUACCUCAAAACCAAGCCCAACAGCUCUGGCAACUCGUCCGGUCCGCCCCAGAUCGAUGUCGCCUCCAUUGUGCGCGGGGUGAUUGAUGAUAUUCGAGCAAAUGGGGAUACUGCAGUUCGCAAGUAUUCCGAAAAGUUCGAUCAGUGGUCUCCAGCUUCGUUCAGACUGUCCCGGGAAGAUAUCGAUGCCGCCAUCGCAGCGUGCCCUAAGCAGACAAUCGAAGAUAUCAAAGAGGUCCAGAAGAAUGUGCGGAAGUUUGCCCAGGCUCAGAAGGAUUCGAUUAUGGACUUUGAAUGCGAGAUGCAACCCGUAAGGCGUUUCAAGGGAGUGUUUCUCGGCCAAAAAUCACUUCCUAUUAAUUCUGUAGGAGCGUACAUUCCCGGCGGGAGAUAUCCUCUCCUGGCAUCCGCACAUAUGACUAUCCUAACCGCCAAGGUUGCCGGAGUCCCUAAUGUGGUUGGCUGCACUCCUCCCAUCAGAGGCCAAGUGCCAAAUGCAACAGUGGCUGCGAUGCACCUGGCGGGAGCCGAUGAGAUCUACCUCCUGGGUGGCGUUCAGGCCAUUGCAGCAAUGGCAUGCGGUACAGAAACCAUGCCCCGGGUGGAUUUCAUUGCCGGCCCCGGGAACGCCUUUGUAGCAGAGGCGAAGAGACAGCUCUUUGGAGAAAUCGGAAUCGAUCUGUUUGCCGGCCCGACGGAAAUCCUCAUUGUGGCAGAUGAAACUGCAGACCCAUUUACCGUCGCCACUGACAUUCUCUCUCAAGCUGAACAUGGGCCUGACUCCCCGGCUGUGAUCAUCACCACCUCGGAGAGAGUGGGCAGACAGUCAAUUCACGUAAUCGAUGAACUUCUGAAGAACCUGCCAACUGCAGAGCUGGCCGGAACCUCAUGGGCGCAAUAUGGCGAAGCCAUCCUUGUUGAUUCCUUGGACGAAGCAUGGAAACUGGCAGAUGAGUAUGCAAGUGAGCAUGUGCAGAUCCUCACCGAACGUCCCCGAGAGGCUCUGGAGAAAAUGACGGCGUAUGGGGCCUUGUUCCUGGGAGAGAGGACUUGCGUUUCGUAUGGCGAUAAGGUGAUUGGCACAAAUCAUGUCCUGCCCACUAAGAAAGCCGCACGCUAUACUGGCGGUCUCUGGGUUGGGAAAUUCCUUCGCACUGUGACAUACCAGGAGGUGACAAAUGACACAGCGAGCGGAGAAUUGGGUAGGCUGUGUGGGCGAGCAGCCCGCGCAGAAAACUUUGAAGGACAUGCCCGCUCUGGGGAUCUACGAGCUCAAAAGUAUUUGAACGAAAAAUACGAGUGGAUUGGGACAUAUGAACGGGAGAAUGUCUAG